AUGGAAGCCCAGCUGCACGGAAAUAAACCUUUGGAGAGCCUUUUCAAUCAGAAGCAGCCGGCACAACAUGAAGAAUCACUGUUUGCUGAGGAACUCGGAUGGAUCUGGGGCGGUGGCAGCCUCGAGAGCAGCCUUGAUCAAUCGCUGCCUCAAUUCCCUGACGAAAAAGAGCCAAACCAGGAGCCCUACUUGGAGGCAGAUCGAGCGCACAGCGCACUUCUUUCGGAUCCCGGAAUUGACAUGACUACGGCACUGUCGCUCUACAAGACCAACUUAGACACAUCCUCGCCAUCAAGUGAAUCGAGCGUUCGUCUGGAGGACUACCGAAUGCCCCACGCCUACGGUGAACGCCUUCCUACAGCGACCGCCUGUACGGAAAUGCUCGAGCCGUCCGAGCCUCGCAUUCUGACAGUGGUUCCACAAACCUUGAUCGGCGAUUUGCGGAGGUUGCUACCCCAGGAACUGCGAGACAAGGUUGUGGUGUUGUAUUUCCGUCACGUGCAUCCACUUUGUCCAGUCGUGGACGAGUUCGAGUUUUCGAAAAUAUACAAAGAGUGUGACGAUGAAAGACAGUUGUUCCUCAAAUUUGAUGUCUUGCUCUUCAUGGCAAUGAUCUUUGUGGCUUUUGCGCAUGUGGAAAAUUCAGAGCUGGCCAAAAGCUCUGUAUCUACUAUUCUUCAAGGUCAAAACGCGUUGUUGGAGCACAUAAAGUCAUUAUACAACAACAAUUUCACCUCGACGAACCCUACGACUCUGACAUGCGCCUGCCUGUUGUUGAGCUACUGGAGUCCCUUCAACCUGGACACCCAAGUCAACUCUCGCUGGGUGGCCCGGGCUAUUUUCCAUGCUAGGCAGGCUAGAUUGGAAGAUCCAGACUAUGAUAGCGCCACAAUGUUCUCGCGGCGCAAGAUCAUCUGGUGGUGCUGUGUCCUCCGAGACCGCCUGAUCAGCGUUGGGCUCCGGCGCUUCCAUCGGCUACACAAGGUCGAAUCACGCUGGGGACCAGUCACUGUCAUGGAUUUUGGCGCCGAAGCUGUUGUGCCCCAGUUCAUGACGAUAGAGUCGAAGCGUGUCAUGAUGGCGGCGUUCAUAUGGAUGUGCGAUCUGACUCAGUUGAUCAGUGAUAUAGGCACGUUCCACAUGGACCGCAAAUUCCAGCGGGAAUGGCGCGAUGUGUCCUCGACCGGAGAGUCAGACCAUGACUUGCUGCUGGAUGAGAUGAUCCUGUGUUCGGCCUAUGAAUCUCGACUCAAGGAGUGGAAAGCCAGGUUCAAACAAGCUAUGGCAAGUGCCAUGACGCGCGAUUCUCCGGACAUGAGCAAGGUCCCAUUGCGCAUGCCGCAGCUGGUCAACCUUUCGCUCGUUGCCGAUCUCUAUCGACCGUACCUGAAGCCUAUUCAGCCCGAGUCCCGCUUUGGAGCGCAAUUCCGCACUCUGGCAGCCGCAAAGGUCAAGGAAGCAUCAGCCAAGGUUGUGAAGACAGUGUACAAGAUCUUCUCUGAAAGCAGAGUUGAGCACGUUCCACUCACCGUCACCGCUUGGAUCGCCCUGCCUCUAGCUGUUUGUGAGCUGGGCUGGCAUGUCUCUGGAGGCAAAUCGUCUUCUCUGAACAUCAGCCAACGGUUAGACAUGAUGGUCUCGCUGAACGCCCUGGCAGAGCGCCUGUGCGGUCUCCAGCCCACGUACCGCCUUCUCAGCUGGGUGUCGAAUCUCACAUCAAACAUAGGACAACAGCAGCAACAACCUUCUCCAUCGCGAGGCCCAAAAAGAGCUCGACCUGGCGCACCUGAUAUCCAUCCCGCGCAUAUGACGCCACACGAUUCUCAUGGCGAAGACGAAAAUCCGGAAAUCCUGGAUCUUGUGGCGGGCGCAAUCGAUUUGUCUCUUUCCAGCGACGAGAAAAUGUAG